GACACAAAAGGUGGGGUCUCUCAGACUAUAAAAAACGUGGACACAUUAUUCCAAUCUUACUUUGAUGCUCAUUCAUUUAACAUAUUUGUAUGCAUCCGUUUUCAACUCUCAAAGACUGUGGUGAAGAAUCCAACAAUGCAGACCAUGGAUAUUGAUGACGACACGUCUCCCAACAAGCCCAGUGUUACAUUUUCAGCAAAUUUUCUGUGGUGGAAGAGACCCUCUGGAGUUGCUGCAGUGUGUCUGGGGCUGCUGUGUGUUCUUCUAUUGGCUGGGAUCAUAGGCCUGUCUGUCUACUAUGGAGUCAUUGAUCAUCACUACUCAACAGAGGGAGACCAACAGACCAGUUACAGCCUUCUGACUAAACAAGGAGAUCUGCAACCAACCAGUUAUAAUAACUUGACAAAAGAGGGAGACGAGCUACAGAGCAGUUACAACACCUUAACUAAAGAGAGAGACGAGCUACAGAGCAGUUACAACACCUUGACUAAAGAGGGAGACGAGCUACAGAGCAGUUACAACACCUUAACUAAAGAGAGAGACGAGCUACAGAGCAGUUACAACACCUUAACUAAAGAGAGAGACGAGCUACAGAGCAGUUACAACACCUUAACCAAAGAGAGAGACGAGCUACAGAGCAGUUACAACACCUUAACUAAAGAGAGAGACGAGCUACAGAGCAGUUACAACACCUUAACCAAAGAGAGAGACGAGCUACAGAGCAGUUACAACACCUUAACUAAAGAGAGAGACGAGGGAUCAAUUAAAGAAUAG